AUGAAGGAAGCAAAUACUACUCCAUUGACGCAGCGUCUGGCCAAAGCUCUCAUUGCCCAAAAAUGUUCAGUCCCAGCAUUCGAGUGUUACGACGGAUCCAGCGAUCCCGCAGCCCAUCUGCGAUAUUUUCCCUCAAUUAUUAAAGGGUUCACGUUGUCCUGGUUCGACAACUUGCCACCAAACUCCAUUAAUUCUUACGACCAGCUCACCGAGAAAUUCUUGGCAACUUAUAUGUACAACAAGGUCGUCAACACCGGAAUGGAUAAACAUUUCUCAUUGGCAAUCAAGUACAAGGAGACCAUCAGAGAAUACACUGAUAGGUGGCACAAGAUUUGUCAAGCCAUAGAAAAUGUAGAUCCGGAAGUUAUCAUCAACUGCUACAAGUGGGGGCUGGAUAGGAUGAGCCCACUGUUCGUUGAUAUCCACAGAACCAUCCCUGCUACUGAGGGAGAUCUUCGAAUAAUCACAGAGAAACAUGCCAGAUUAGAAGAGAUUCAACGAGAAAAUCCCAGAGCUCAAACCCAGAGGCCCCCACGGACCAACUCCGUGGAACAAGACAUCGGGUCCAAAAGAGGUGGUUCAGAUGAACGACCUGGCGAAGACAAAAGAAAACGAAGAGAUGAUCGUCGACGGGAUGACCGGAAGUUCGAAGACCAGGUCUAUAUGAAGUUAAAUACCAUCUAUUCGCGCAUCCUGAAGGAAAUCAAGGGUCGGGAUGAUCUCGAUUGUCCAUGGUCCAAGGGAAAGCAACCCCCAAGAUCUGAGAAGUCUAGAGAAUACUGUGAAUAUCACUGUUUCAAUGGCCACCAAACAGAGAAGUGCAAAAAUCUCAAGAUAAUGAUUCAGAAGCUGAUUGAUGCAGGGGAUCUUAAGCAGUAUGUACAGAAGGAUGACACCGAAGAUAGGGCAAAACGAAGCACGCAAGUCCAACUGCCUGAAGGAAACCGCACUGUUAAUACCAUCUCAUGUUCUGAGACCACGGGGCCAUCCCUAACUUCCCAAAUAGGGAAAAGAUUGAGGAAGCAAUUUGAAGACUAUUGUGAGCUAUACAAAAUCGACGGAAUAGAAGUGGACGAACAUGAGCAUUGGAUGGACGCACCCAUGGUUUUCGACGCUGAGGAUGUUGAAGAAGAUAUGGAGGAUCACAACGACCCUCUAGUUCUCACGCUACCAGUAGCAGGGUGCGGUAUCAAAAAGAUCCUCAUCGAUGGAGGGAGCUCAGUCAAUGUUCUGUUCUAUGAUACAUUCAAAUGA